AUGGUGGGAGCAACAGACGGCGCAUCGAGCAUACAAGUGACGGUCCGCGUGCGGCCGUUUACCAUACGAGAAGCGGCACAGCUCACCAAGAGCGAUGAAGGACCACUGUUCCUGGGUGACGGAUCGCUGGCGGCCGUACCAACGCCGCAGCUGAGGCAGAAGGGCAUCAGGAGCGUGAUCAAGGUGGUGGAUGAGAAGUGCUUAGUCUUCGACCCGCCGGACGACAAUCCAGUGCAACGCUUCAGCCGCUCCGUCGUACCCACCGGCAAGCGCGUCAAAGAUCAGACCUUCGGCUUCGACCGCGUCUUCGACGAAAACACCACGCAAGGCGACGUCUACGAGGCCACCACAAAGGGUCUGCUCGACUCCGUGCUUGAUGGCUACAACGCAACCGUCUUCGCGUACGGCGCAACCGGCUGCGGCAAGACACACACCAUCACCGGCACCGCGCAACAACCCGGCAUCAUCUUCCUCACAAUGCAAGAGCUAUUCGAACGAGUCGACGACCUACAGUCCGAAAAGGAAUCCGAAAUCACCCUCUCCUACCUCGAAAUCUAUAACGAGACCAUCCGCGACCUCCUCAGCCCCGGCGCAGGCGGCAAACAAGGCCUCAUGCUCCGCGAAGACGCCAACCAAGCCGUCUCCGUCGCCGGCCUCUCCUCCCACAAGCCCCAAAACGUCGCCGAAGUCAUGGACAUGGUCAUCCGCGGCAACACCAACCGCACGCAGUCGCCUACGGAAGCCAACGCCACCUCCUCCCGCUCCCACGCCGUGCUGCAAGUCAACAUCAGCCUCAAAGACCGCAACGCCUCCGCCACCAACGAACCCGUCACCAUGGCCACCCUCUCCAUCAUCGACCUCGCCGGCUCCGAGCGCGCCUCGGCCACGAAAAACCGCGGCGAGCGCUUACUCGAAGGCGCAAACAUCAACAAAUCCCUCCUCGCCCUCGGCUCCUGCAUCAACGCCCUCUGCGACGCCCGCUCCAAACACAACCACGUCCCCUACCGCAACAGCAAGCUCACCCGCCUCCUCAAGUUCUCCCUCGGCGGCAACUGCCGCACCGUCAUGAUCGUCUGCGUCAGCCCCAGCAGCGCGCAUUUCGACGAGACGCAGAAUACCCUCCGCUACGCCAACCGCGCGAAAAACAUCCAGACGAAAAGUGUGCGGAAUGUGUAUAAUGUGGAUCGACACGUGAAGGAUUACUUGAAGAAGAUUGAUGAGCAGAUGGUGCGGAUUAAUGAGCUCACGGCGCAGCAGAAGCAGUAUGAGGAGUUGGCGUUUGUGAAGUUCCGGAAGGCGGAGAUGAAGAGGGGGGAGGUGGCGCAUGAGGGUUUGAUAAGGAUACGAGCGGCGUACGAGCAUUCGGCUGAGGAGCGGAGGGAGCGGGCCGGGAAUCUGAGGCGGUUGAGGCAGAUUGAGAGGAGGAUUGGCGCGAUAAGUGGGUGGAUUGGGGCGUUUGAUCGGGUGUGCGAAGUGAGAGGGGAGGAAGGGGGGGAGGAGCCGGUGGGCGCGUUGGUGGUGAUGCGGAAGGCGGCGCAGGGGAUUUUGGUGGAGUUGGAGGGGAGUCGGCAGCAUAUUCAUCAGAGGCUGGGGAGGAACAACUGGGCCAGGGCGGUUGACACGGCGUUGUUGGAUGGGGUUAGGCAGUUACAGGGGCUUGAGGGGUAUGUGGCUGAGGGGUUUGAGGAGGUGGGGUUGAGGAGGGAGGUUGAGGCGCUUAAGGAUCGGGCGGAGUUGGAGGCGAAUUUGGCGGUGCUGGAGGAUGGGAAGACGGCGGAGGUGGGGUUGAUGCAGGUGCUCCUGACCGCGCAUUUUGAGACGAUUGCUAUCUUGAACCAGAUCAUGCAGAUGAGUGAGGAGGAUGCUGUGGCGGCUGCGAGGGGCGUGUUAGGGAAGCUGCUGCAGAGCUGUACCGAAGCGACAGGCCAGGUCAUCAAGCCGGAUGGCGGACUGCAGAUUACAGAAGCUGUCCCGCCAACGCGCUCCGGCACGCCGAGGAAGAGGAAGCAAGUCCCGCUCAUGGGCGCCAGUCCGCUGAAAGCGAAGAUCAGGCCCUCUCUGGCAAUGGCCAGCGCGGUGCCUGCGCAUAUGCUUGCGGAGGUGUCGGAAAUCAACUCCAGUCCCGUUCGAGCUACGGCAUCGCCUAGGCGGCGCGUCAAGCUUGGCGGGGCGCGGAAGGGGGUCGCUUUUGCGGGUACGCCGUUGAAGAAGAAGGGCAGGAGUCCCGGGAAGAAGCGCGUGGUGAGGUGGCGGGAUGAUGAGGAGAGUGGCAAGCCGCUUGUGGAGUUUCAGACUACGCCGAAGCAGGUGCUGCAUUCGCCGCCACAGCAGCAGCAGGAGCAGGAGCAGGACCCGGAUGGUACGGGUGUGCUUCCGCCUACGCCGCUGUUGCAAGAUGAAGUUGGGUUGGGAAGCAGUCCGCUGCCUACUGCGCCUGUGCCAAACAGCGACCCCCGCAAAGCAGGGACUGGACGCUUCGCGGCGGGCUUUCUGGCGAAGAGGGGCGAUGGCAGUCCACCUCCAGCACCGCCUGCGCUCUCACUCGGGGCGUUUUCAAGCGAAGACGAGACGAGUCCGCUACGAGAAAUGGCUGCGAACUCGGCGCCACGUCCCCGUCAGAGCCUUCAAUCAAGCUCGCCACAACCACAACCUCCACGUCACGAUCAUACAACGGACGAAGCAGUCCACUCAGCCUCAGAAACCGACACGGAAAAACCCGCCCUCUCCGGCCUAGACCACGAAACGCUCCGCGCCGCCAUGAAACUCAAACGCUCAAGCAGCAUCGGCUCCAACAAGCAGCAGCAGCAUCAACGUCGUCGCUCCCCCACCGCCUCCUCUCGUGACUCACCACCCCCGGACUCGGGCAUCUUCUCCGCCAGCCACGCGAGAAGGAUGGUGAAGAGUGAGCGGGAAGAGGCGCUGAGGAGCGUGUUGAGUCCGCGCACGCAGCCGGUGGUUAAAGGGAGUGGACCGGUGGCGGUUAGGAGGUCGAUGGUUGAGGGUUCGGCUGUUGGUGUUGGUGUGCAAGGAGGGACGCCGAGGGAGGGGGGAGGGAGAGGGCAUGCGAGGGUUAGUUCGGUUGUGACGGGAAGUGGAGGGGUAGGAGUAGGGCCGGGGAGGAUGAGUAGUGUUGGGACGAAAGCUGCUUGGAGGUGA